CAUAUUCUCAAAAUUAGAGCUAGAUCAUUUAGGAAAUCAGGAAGCAUUUUUUCACACAAAGGAAAACGGAAAUCUAGAACUCAUUCCCCAAAAGGAUGUGGAUGCAUAUAGAAACUUUGAAGCCUGAAAUCAACAGACUUCUGUUAGUGAAAGGUAUCAAGAGAUAUGGAACAAAGAUGGAUAAAUAGAGUUGAGGCACGGAUCAACCAUAAUUUAAUAGAAUGGCAGAGCAGUUUUGGAGCUUUGGACCGUUUCAUGACAGACUGCAUGACUUCACCAUGGACAAAGAGGCAAGCCGCUUGGAGAAGGACUAUGUUCAUAGGGUCUAUGAGAAGAUUGCCCCUCACUUCAAUGACACGCGUUAUAAGGCUUGGCCCCGAGUACGACAGUUUCUGCUGGAACAAGAACCUGGCAGUCUCAUUGCUGACGUUGGAUGUGGAAAUGGAAAGUACCUUUGUAUCAACAAGCAGGCCUACAAAGUAGGUUGUGACUAUUGUCUGCCUCUGGUAGAAUCAGCAAGGGAGCAGAGCUAUGAAGCCAUGGUCUGUGACAGCUUGCAUUUACCAUAUCGGGAUCAGUGUUUUGAUGCCAUUCUAUCAAUAGCAGUGAUACACCAUUUUUCCACAAAAGAACGCCGUAUUCAAGCAAUAAAAGAAAUGGCAAGGAUUUUGCGAGUAAGGGGGAAAAUUAUGAUCUAUGUAUGGGCAAAGGAACAAAAUAGACGUAAGUUUGAAAAGCAAGAUAUUUUUGUUCCAUGGAACCCUACGCCUCCACCCUCAAAAUCCACAGGGUCCAAAAUGCUAAAUGAAAAAGCUGGAUCAUUUCAAUGUAAUAAUAAUAAUGAUGUUUUUCAUAAAGACAAACCUUUUAAUUCAAAACAGCUGCCAGACAAUGAACUGGAUAUGUGUAAAAAACACACAAAAGGAAAGGAAGCAUCCUCUUUGGGGAUGGAGAAUACAUUACUAGUCGAAAAAUCUUUAGAGUUAUGGCUGUUUUCUCAGUCGCAUAAUUCUACACCACAAUUUAGCAGCAAUAAUAGAACAAAAACCCUCAAAGAACUAUGGAUGUUUCAGGAUUAUAUUGCUUCAUUUAAAACAAGUAGUAUAAUAAAGUCCUUUGAACAGAGCAAAACUGAUCCUAUGGCCAGAUUUGCUUCCAAUGUAUUUUCCUAUGGGCAAAGUUCUGAAGACGUUUUUCAUGUCCUUUCCAAGUCACAAUCACCUAACCAUUACAGCACUUUGGAGCCACGCACCCAAUUCUUUGAAUAUCCACACACAGGAUCAUUUGAAAUCCAAGAGUCUUCCAGCAUAUUUCAUAGCUGCACUGAAGUUUCCUUACCUGAUCUUGCUUCACAGCCUUUGUUCCAAAAUGAUCUCCACAAUUGUCCCAGUGAAAAUAAAUCUGUAACCAACUCCACCUGUGAGAACAACAUUGAAAACGUACAUACACAAAUGCAGAGAAAAUUGGCUACUGAUUCAAAUGACUGGCCUUUGGAGCCUCCAGUAUCCGCAAAGGACAAAAAGGAUCAGAUUAAUUACAACAGUACUUGUCUCAGAUACUACCAUGUUUUCAAACAAGGAGAGCUUAUUGAGCUCAUUGAAAAGUACACUGAAGGUCUGCAAGUGAUUCAAACAUAUUAUGAUCAUGCUAACUGGUGUGUUGUUGUGGAAAAAGUAACAGUUUACCAAACUUGAGAUUACAUCGUAUCACAACCUUACUCUAAGAGUAAGGCUAGUAAUUAGUAUUAAUAUUUUUUGUAUCUUUUAGAAGUGUUGGUGCAUAUUGUUUUCAUGCGAUUUUAUUUAAUUGGUGUGUCUUUGGUGUGCCUUUAACAUUGCAGAUUGUAAUAGUACUUGAACAAUACAUGCACUGCCAAAUAUAACUAUUGUAAUGAUAAUACUUUGCACUCUUCAUUCAAAUAUUGUAACUUCAUUGCCUUCAAAUAUUUUAAUCACUAAUACGUUAAGCUCCUAGCAAAACCACGCUAACUUAUUUUACACUGUAAUAAAGUGUGCAAAUAAAGUGUGCAAUAAA